AUGAUACAAGAUUUCCUUGAGCUAUACGCCAAAGUGGAUUUGGCCGAUCUUGAAAUAAUCCAUGCCAGGGCCACGACAUUUGUGAGAAUGCUAGUUGAUGAGUACAUCGAAGAGUCAAAAGCGAGCACGGCUAAGUCAUCUUCCCGUAGCAAUUCUCAAAGUUCGCGUGAUCUAAAAGGUACGGGGUCGGAUGCGAUGGAAAGGAAAAGCGAGAAGAAAACAAGUUCUGGUAACAGGGAUAACUCACACUACUCUUCCAGACGUGUAUCACACGCAAGCAUGGAUGCUGGAUCGAGUGCAAUGGAUGACAUGGCGAGCGCUGAGGAACCUGAGAGCUCAGCGGAAGAAGUCAGCGCCGAGUGUGCGAUACAAGAGGCAGUGGGCGGUUCUUCGGAUUCGACUUUAUUAGAACAAAGUUCAUAA